ACAAUGACAGCAACAAGCAGGCGUGGCAGUUUAUUGAUCACAUCUCUCCAGGGAACACCCAUGUUAACUGUGGGUGACAAAAGAAUGUAACGAACCAAACCAACAAAGCUCCAGGUAGCUGUCCGGCCAUGGCUUCCAUGGCACAAUUUUGUUACAUUUUUGGUCCCUCAAACCCUAGAGUAAAGCAAAGUAGUUUCAGAUUUUGUUUCCAAAGUCCCGUUUAUAGAAAGAAUGCACUCUCUUCAAUCAGUACAAGUUUUCAUGCAAAGCCACCAUUGCUGUCUUCUUCCAUCGUUUGUUCAGCUACUAAUAAGCCCUCUUCCUCCUCAGAAAUCAGUUCUGAUGCCAGGAUAAGGAGUGAAGUUCUAUCUCCCUUUCGGUCUCUGCGGAUGUUCUUUUACCUGGCGUUCAUCGCAAGCGGUGCGUUGGGAGGAUUAAUUGCAACCACACAGUUAAUUGCUUCCCUCACCAAUCCGGCGAGAUCAUCCGAAGUCUCCGAUAAUUUAACGAGUCUCGGCAUCGACGUCGGAGCGGUGUCUGUCUUUGCGUUUUUGUAUUUCAGGGAGAACACUGCCAAGAACCAGCAACUAGCCAGGCUAUCGAGAGAAGAAAGCCUUUCCAAUCUUAAGCUCCGGGUGAAUGAAAAUAAGAUCCUUCCGGUCAGCAGUUUGAGAGGAAUUGCUCGUCUCGUGAUAUGUUCCGGCCCUGGAUCGUUCGUCCUAGAGUCAUUUAAACUUAGUGAGCCAUUCACUGAGAGGCUUCUUGAAAGAGGGGUCCUGGUGGUUCCUUUCGUUACUGAUGGGAAUUCGCCUAGUUUCGAAUUCGAUGAGAGUGAAGACAUGAAGGAUAUCACUGCAAAAAGAAAGAAGCUUUGGCAGUUGAACCCGGUUUUUGUGUCUGAGUGGAACGAGUGGUUGAAUGAACAAAAGAAGUUGGCUGGUGUUUCCCCUGAAUCUCCUGUCUAUUUAUCUCUGCGCUUGGAUGGUCGGGUGCGAGGAAGUGGCAUUGGUUACCCUCCUUGGAAUGCUUUUGUUGCUCAGUUGCCACCGGUGAAGGGACUAUGGUCAGGUCUUCUCGAUGGAAUGGAUGGAAGAGUUCUUUGAAAGGAAGGGUUUUAAUAGGGCAGAGAGACAGAACAUUGAUGAAUCUUAAUUCUUAGCAGCUGAACUAGUCUGGCAUUUACUAAAUGUGGCACAGCAACUAGCAGUAAGAAUUUUGCUAGAAAUAUCGUUGCCCAUUAUUUGUUCAUUAACUGUAUGGUAAAUAAAAGGGGAAAACAUAAGCAUUAAAGCCCAAAAAUCUUUCUAGGUACACUACCCAGUUCCACUUCCCAAGUAUCCAUAAACAAAAGGUGAUUUUGUACCUGCCAGGCUGCCAAGUUUGCCUGCCAUUGGCAAAUCAA